CUUCUAAAUGCAAAAGAAGAUUAAGCUUCUAAAUACAAAAGAAGUGUAUGCAAAAACAAGAAGUUAUUAAUUAAUUUCUAAGUAUAAUUAGUUCAAUAAUGGAUAAAAGAAUCUACAACAAAGCACUAAAUAAAAAACUAUUGAUUCCAAAACUCCUAACAAAUAAUGACCAUUCACAAUAUGAAACGCUUCAAUCUACAACAAAAAGUAAUGAAGAUAAUAUUAUUGAUUAUAGAAAUAUUUCUCUUACUUUAACAGGAGAACUAAGUUCAUCCUGUAUACAUAGAGAUAAUUUAACACAGAAGCAGCCUAAUGUUAUGCUUGUGGAGGAUGCAGAAGAUGAUGAUGAACAGUUCAUUUCAAAUAUGAAAAAAAUUAUUGACAAGAAUUAUAAAAUGCAAAACAAAGAAAAUCAUAGUGUAAGAAAUUUGCAAAGCAAAUCAUAUUUAUCAAAGAAAAAGAAAUGUGUAUUUAGUGAUGAAGAUCAGAAUUUAAUAAAGCGGUUUAAAGAGUCUGUGAAUGAGAGCAAAGAUUUACAUACAACUUCACAAAAGUCUGAACUUCUACAACAGCCUGAAAAUGUUGCUUCCAUUAGCAAUUCUAAAUGUUCGAUAAUAACUAGCACUCCAGAAACUGCUUCAGUUAUUACAUUGAGUAAUAUUAAUACAGAUUUCAAUAGAAAUGAUACAAAUCAAUCGCUUCUCCACAUAAUUUCACAGAAAAAUGCUCAAUUGAUUCCCAGAAAUACAGAGAUUGUUACACAAACUGAAAUUAUUGAAACAGAAAUCAAACAAUUCCUUGAUUGUGACAUGUUCUACUUCUUGACACCACCCCAAACAGAUAAAUAA